AUGAGGCUCAAUCUUCAGUCAGUGUGCAGGCUCAUCGUUCUGGUUGCUUGCUGCGUGCUGAACACAGACAGCACAUUUGUUCCGGGAAGAUGUUUGUGUCCUGAGACACAAGCGGGCGUACGAGGCAAACUGCAAGACAUCAGCGUGUACCACAAGAACCCCAACUGCGACAAAGUCACCGUUAUAGUGACACUGAAGAGCAACAAUGAUCCUGUGUGCCUGAGUCCUGAUGCUCCCAUGGGUAAACAGCUGAUUCGAUGCUGGAAUAGAGCAAAAUCCCUUGGGCGCAACGUGAAGCUGUGUUUGAGGAGAAGGAGGCGGCGAGGUCAGCGCCAACGUUCUCGGCAUCGCGGGAGAGCCUCAAAUAAACGCCAAUAA